AUGCAGGGCGCCUUCGUCCGCGUUCCAAAGAUUGCCACUGGCCAGAACACUGUGGACGAGGCGGACGGCGGCGCUGUUGCAGCCUCUGCCUCUGGUGGUGCAGCCGCAUCUUCAUCGGCGUCCCCCGAGGAGCUGAUUGCCCUGAGUGCGCUCGACAUCCGCGUGGGCCGCAUUCUCAGCUGUGAGCGUCACCCUGAUGCUGAUAGUCUGUACGUGGAGCAGGUGGAGUGUGGUGAUCCUGAUGGCCCGCGCACCAUCGUGUCUGGGCUGGUCAAGUACGUGCCGCUGGAAGACAUGCAGGGGCGGCUUGUGGUGGUGCUGGCCAACCUCAAGGCACGCAACAUGCGCGGUAUCAAAUCACACGGCAUGCUGCUGGCGGCCUCCAACGAGGAGCACACACUGGUGGAGCCGCUAUCGCCGCCGGCGGAUGCCACUCCAGGGCAGCGCGUGUGGUUUGGCAACAGCCAGGAGCAGCCCAACCCUGCAGAGCCCAACCAGCUACAAAAGAAGAAGCACUGGGAGACGGCGCAGCCUGGCUUCAACACGAACAACGACCGCGUGGUGACGUUCAGAGGGCAGCCCAUGGCGACCAGCGCUGGGCCUGUGACAGCUGCAACGCUGACGGGUGCGCGCAUUGGGUAA